CGGAAGAGGAGCGGAGGAGUGUGUAGAGGAGGAAGAGGAGAGGAGGAGGAGGAAGAGGAGGAGGAGGAGUGUGUAGAGGAGGAAGAGGAGAGGAAGAGGAGCGGAGGAGCCGCCGCAGCUCAGAGUCGGUCACCGGAGGCGAUGGGAGCCUCGCACUGAUCCUCUCCGGCGUGACGUCAUGGCCGUGGACGCGGCGUCCAGCUUCAGUUUCUGCAGGCCGGCCGUGGAGUACCGGGCCCUGUCCGAGGACUUCAGGCUCCAGCUGAGUCCACGGACAGGCGGGAACCUCACCUGGCACGAGGGGCGUGGUCAGAAGACGGCCGGAGGCAGGAGGGUGAAGCUGCUGCAGCAGCCAGGAACUGAGGCCUCACAGUACCGGUCCAGUGACAGUUAUGGGUUCUACCACACCAGUCCGUCUCAGCCGAGUCUGAUCCGUCCGGUCGUCCUCUGGUCUCAACAAGAUGUUUGCAAGUGGCUGAAGAAGAACUGUCCUCACAACUACCUGAGCUACGUGGAGGCGUUCUCCCAGCACUCCAUCACAGGCCGGGCGCUGCUGCGUCUGAACGGGGAGAAGCUGCAGCGCAUGGGUCUGGUGCAGGAGACGCUGCGACAGCAGCUGCUGCAACAGGUGCUGCAGCUGCAGGUGCAGGAGGAGGGACGCAACCUGCAGCUGCUCCGCAGAGAUUCCUUUGGAAAAAUUUCGUAGCCGGAUGCUGAUCGCUGUGGAAUCAUUGGAAAUAUGAUUUUUUUUUAUACUCAAAUGUGAAUCACGUGGAAUCUACCCUGCGUCCAGUGGAGUGACAUCAUGAAUGAUGAUAUUAAGGCUGAAGUUGGAGUCUGUUCCUUCACAUGAUGAUCUGACGUCAUCUGUUUAUUGAUCUGUGAUUGAUGACAGCACUGAUCCCGUCUCACUCUCUGCCUGUCUGUCUCUCUCCUGGGAACUUUUUUAAUGUGAGAAAAAAAGGACAAAUAAAUGUAACAAACAUCAA